AUGGCACUCUUGGAGCGGAUUGCGCUGAUGGUGGCAUUGGCCACCUGCGGAGUUCGAGGAGACGACGGAUUUCUGAAAGAGCCGCCAGAUUACAUUAAAGAGUGUAGGAUAGCCGACAAGGACUUUGUCAACUGCUCGACCCACAGCAUUCAGCAGCUGUUCGACAAGCUCAACGACGGCAUUCCCGGGCUCACCAGCAUCAAGAGCUUCGACCCCUUUUACCUGAACCGUAUCCGGAUAACGCAGGGCAACAGCAACGCGAUCAACCUCAAGGUGGAGCUGGCCAACGUCAAGAUCAUUGGAUUCGGGCACACCAACGUGCUGGAGAGCCAGGUCUUCAAGAAGGACUACAGCUGGAAGACCACGUUCACGCUGCCAAAGAUGAAGCUUCAGGCGAACUACAGCCUGUUUGGUCGAAUCCUGCUCAUCCCGUUGAAUGGAAAGGGGCAGGUGUUCCUAGACGCUGAGAACAUGACGGUCACCAUGCACACGAACACGCGACUCUACUCCAAGGGAGGAUUCACCUUCUACAACGUGACCAGCCUCCAUGUGGACUUCAAGAUGGAUGGCCUCAAGUCAUAUUUCUCCAACCUGUUUAAUGGCAACAAGCAAUUGGAGGACAGCACCAACAAGUUCUUCAACGACAACUGGCGUAUGCUGGCCGAUGCCCUGUACACGGUCAUCACCCAGACCAUUGAGGAUAUUCUUCUGGACGUGCUGAAGAAGAUAUUCCACUUCAUUCCGGCAAACUUCUUUGUCAGUGACAUCCCGACGCCAGAACAGCUUUAUGGGAAGGCCAAGCCGAAGCCGAAAUGA